GGUUGAAAGCCGGAAGCUGGCUAAGUACCGCGUACUGCUUCACCGUAACUAAAAGAUUCAGGGCGUUUCCGUGUGCGCCCCCAGUCCUGGGCCGCGAGACCUCGCCACCGUGACGCGGCCAUGGGGGCUCUGCCCCGCUGGCCGCCCGUGGUUCUUGGACUCCCCAUGGGGCUGCUUCUCCUGUAUGUGAGCGCUCUGGCCCCGGUUCGCGCCUCCUUGCGGCUGUUGGACCACCCGGCACCGGUCUGUUCGCAGCAGGAGCUAGACUGCAGAGUCAAGAACAGUACUUGCCUGGAUGACAGCUGGAUCCACCCUCGGAACCUGACUCCCUCCUCCCCAAAACACAUUGAGAUCCAGCUGCGUCUUGCCAGAACCCAGCACGGAGACCUGGUCCCUGUGGUGCACAUUGAAUGGACACUACAGACAGAUGCCAGCAUCCUGUUCCUUGAGGGUGUAGAGCUGUCUGUCCUGCAGCUGAACACCAAUGAACGUUUGUGUGUUGAGCUUGAGUUUCUGUCCCAACUGAACCAUCACCGCAAGCGGUGGCGUUUCGCCUUCAGCCACUUUGUGGUAGAACCCGGCCAGGAGUACGAGGUGACUGUUCACCACCUGCCCAAGCCCAUCCCUGACGGGGACCCAAACCACCUGUCCAAGAAGCUCCUUGUGCCAGAUUGUGAGGACUUCAGGAUGAAGAUAACCACGCCAUGUGUGAGCUCAGGCAGCCUGUGGGACCCCAACAUCACCGUGGAAACCCUAGAGGCCCACCAGCUGCGGGUGAGCUUCACACUGUGGAACGAAUCCUCCCAUUACCAGAUCCUGCUCAACAGUUUUCCACAUAUGGAGGACCACAGCUGCUUCGAGCACAUACAGCAGAUACCUGCGCCCAAACAAGAGGAAUUCCACCAGCGAGCCAACCUCACUCUCCCGAUACACAACUCUAACUGGUGCUGUCGCCACCGAGUACAGGUCCAGCCCUUCUUCAACAGCUGCCUUAAUGACUGCCUUAGACACACCAUGACCAUCCCCUGCCCAGACGUUCCAGAGACUUCAGUCAAAAUUGCAGAGUAUAUACCCCUGUGGGUGUAUGGCUUCAUCACGGGCAUCUCUAUCCUGCUGGUGGGCUCCAUCAUCCUGUUGAUUGUCUGCAUGACGUGGAGGAUAACAGGGUCUCAUCAUGAAAAAUAUGGAGAUGACACCAAAUACACUGGUGUCCUGCCCACUACUGACCUGACCCCCCCACCGCUAAAGCCCAAGAAGGUCUGGAUUGUCUACUCAGCUGACCACCCUCUUUACGUGGAUGUGGUUCUAAAGUUUGCCCAGUUCCUGAUCACCACCUGUGGCACUGAAGUGGCUCUUGACCUCCUGGAAGAACAAGUCAUCUCAGAGGUGGGGGUCAUGACCUGGGUCGGCCGGCAGAAACAGGAAAUGGUAGAGAACAAUUUCAAAAUCAUUAUCCUGUGCUCCCGAGGUACCCGGGCCAAGUGGCAGGCCAUGCUGGGCUGGGAGGAAGCCACUGUCCAGCUGCGGUGUGACCGUUGGAAGCCCACUGGGGACCUUUUCACAGCGGCCAUGAACAUGAUCCUGCCAGACUUCAAGAAGCCAGCCUGCUUUGGCACCUACAUCAUCUGCUACUUCACUGGCAUCAGCAGUGAGAGCGAUGUCCCUGACCUCUUCAACAUCACCUCCAGGUACCCUCUUAUGGACAAGCUAGAGGAGGUUUACUUCCGGAUCCAGGAUCUGGAGAUGUUUGAACCUGGCCGGAUGCACCGCCUCCAGGAGCUCACAGGGGAAAAUUACCUGCAGAGCCCCAGUGGCUGGCAGCUCAAGGAGGCCGUGGAUAAGUUCCGGGAGUGGCAGACCCAGUGCCCUGACUGGUUUGAACGUGAGAACCUUUGCUCCACUGAUGACCAGAACCUCCCAUCCCUGGACGAAGAAGUGUUUGAGGAGCCACUGCUGCCGCCAGGGAGCGGGAUUGUCAGGCAGAAGCCCCUGGUGCGGGAACCUGCCUCCGAGGGCUGCCUGAUGAUAGAUUUAUGCAUGGGUGAGGAAGGAAGGGGAAUGUCAAGGGUGGUACCCCAAUUGCAGCCCCCGGGGGAGGCCAUCCAAACUGUGGUGCUCCCCAGAGAGCAGGUCCCUGCUGCUUGUGCAGUGGAGCUGGUUCCUCUUGCUGACAGCAGCGUGGCCAGCCGGCUGACCUUGGUAGAGGAGGGCGAGGCCUGCCCCCUGCUGGAGGAUCGUGGCCUCCAGAGAAAGAACAUCCUCUUCCUCCCCGUGGACCCUGAGGACUCGCCUCUCUGCAGCACUCCAGUGACUUCACCUGGCCACCUCCCCGAUGGUGUGAGGGAGCAGCUGGAGGGCUUGAUGCUCUCACUUCUGCAGCAGAGUCUGAAUAGCCAGGCCCAGGGUGCAUGGGAAGAUGCUGCCCUGGUCCUCAAGGACCCCUCCAUACCCUGUGAGGAGGAGCAGCGGCAGUCCGUGCAGUCGGACCAAGGCUACAUCUCCAGGAGCUCCCCACAGCCCCCUGAUGGGCUUGGGGAAAUGGAGGAGGAGGAGGAGGAGGAAGAAAAGGACCUAGGGAAGUCAGCUGAGCAGCUGUCUCCUGAGCUUCUGCAGGACCUGAGGAGCCUCCAGCAGCAGCUUUUUUUCCAAGAUCUCCAAAAGAACUCUGGCUGGGACAGUGUGGAGUCAGAGAAGUUGGCUACAGAAUAGCAGGCCGCUUCCUAGGGCCUCCCUGGUCCAGACCCUCCAUAGGGUAUUCAUGUGCAUGUGGGUGUACGUGUGUGUGUGUGUGUGUGUGUGUGUGUGAAGCAUCUGCCUUUAAAAUGUAGGUGUCUUAUCAAGCAUGGUGGCAUGUCCCUGUGGUCCUAACUACUUGGGAGGCUGAGAUGGGAGGAUCAGUUGAGCCUAGAAAUUCAGGAUCAACCUGUGUGACAACAAGAUCCUGUCUCAAAAAUAAAUUAAGGAAAAUAAAACGUACACAUCCUGAUUCUGA